CAUUUGUAAAAUAUCCAAACUCACUCACACAAAACAUACACACUUACAAACACUCUCACUCCAAUGUUACCUUCAACCAUGUAUUCCUAUAUAUAUAACACAUUACUCUUCAGUUUCUCAAGACUAACUCUAUCAUCACUUCCCUUUUUCUCUCUCAAAACCUCUUAAACACUCAAACAUGUUUAACAUCUCUUCAAAUUCACACACCAUUUCCUCAAAAGCUUUCAACGGGGAACAGCGGUUAGCCGCGAGUUGUCCGAAGAAGCCUGCAGGGAGGAAGAUAUUCAAGGAAACCCGCCACCCGGUGUAUAGAGGUGUGAGGAAGAGGAAUUUAGACAAGUGGGUUUGUGAAAUGAGGGAGCCCAACAAGAAGACUAGAAUUUGGCUAGGGACUUUUCCAACGGCCGAGAUGGCGGCCCGAGCCCACGAUGUUGCGGCAAUGGCAUUGAGAGGCCGCUACGCCUGUCUCAAUUUCGCAGACUCGGUGUGGCGACUCCCUAUUCCUGCAACCUCUGAUACAAAAGAUAUACAAAAAGCGGCUACAGAAGCGGCUGAGGCUUUCAGACCAGGCAAGAUUUUAAUGACUAACGACGUCGACACAGAGGAGGUGAGUGUGUUUUGUGUGGGAGUGGAAGAAGAGGAGGAAGUGUUGGAUAUGACAGAGUUGUGGAGGAAUAUGGUGAUGAUGUCCCCUACACGUAGUUUUGAGUAUGAUGAGUAUGAACAUAUUGAUGUACAAGAAUAUCAAGAUGAAGAGGUAUCACUAUGGAGUUUUUAAAUUUGAUGUGUUUGGUUCACUUUUUUGGGUAGAUUGUAGAAUGGAGGAGUCUGAACUCUGAACUACAACCUUUUUGUAUACUAUUAGUAGUAUGACAUAGGUUGAAAUUGAAAGGGAUUUUGUUUUUGUAUUCUUUUCCUUUUCUGUAGAUAAGAAAAGAGAAUAUACAAUUUUGGAAUGUAAAAAUAUUUGUCUAAGUAUCUAUAUUGGAAUUUGGA